GCCUCAUCUUUCUCGAAAACUUUUCAGAGGUUGAGCAGCGGGAAUUGAUAAAGGAUAUGACUGGGCGAUACGAUUGGCCAAAGAUCAAGAAAAAUCUGCUGGCUGGAAGCUUCGACCAGAUGCGUUACCGUCUCCUGAAGCAGCAAAAGGAGGACCGCGAGAAGGAAGAGGUAAGCGCGGACAAGGAUCAAGCCGUUUACAAAACCCUGACUGAUAUGCGGAACAUGAUGGCUGACAUGAAGGUGGAAAGGUUAAAGCUACAAGUGAUGAUGGUCCAGACGAAAGGGGGGAAAAGGAAGGGGAAAGCACCCGUUGUGGAGGAAGUAAGUAGUAGCAGCAGUGAAGAGGAAGACGAGGAGGAAGUGGAGCCCCCUCAAAAAUUGACCAAGGCAGAACGGAAGGCACUGAAUCAGAUGCGAGGAGGGCAAGGCACUAGUAAAAAGCAGCGGAAGAAUAAUGGAGGAGGUGGACAAGGAAGCAACCAGGAACAGGCGGCGCAGGUCCCUCCUCAGCAACCCCAACCUCAGGCAGGAGGCCGAGGCCGAGGUCGAGGUAGAGGACAGGGCACUGGGGGAGGCCGAGGAAAUGGGGGUGGGCGAGGCAAUUGGCAAAAUUGGUUUUGCAAGUAUUGUGGCCAAGAUGGGCAUGGGAUACGGUUUUGUCAGACCGUUACCAAAGAUGAAAACGAUAAGGUUAUAUAUACGAAUAUCCGAGGGCGUUUGAUGGCCACCACGAUCUUGUCCCGUCCUGUUUUUAAGCGACCUACCACUGCUGGUCUCCCACAAGCUCGGAGGGCUCGAAGGCCGCCGCGGCCAAGGGCAACACCAGAAGAAGGGCCAAGUCAACCUCGGGAAACCGAGACAAUUCCGAUUGAAGAAGGCGAUGGCGAUGAGGACGAAUUGUUGCGGGCCGAGGAUGAGCGGCAGGCCAAACAACGGGCCAUUGAGAGGGAGCCAGAAACGGGCAAGGCCGAUGUUGGGGAAGGAGAGUUGAAAAAGAAGAAGCAAGUCUACACAAUUUCAGUAGAGCAAGGGCUGGAUAUUGAGCAAAUCGUGGACCGGAUUUUGGAAAGUCAACGCGAUUUGUUCACGCUCAAGGAGUUCUUGGCCGCGUCAUCCAAAAUCCGAGAAGAGUUCAGACACCGAUUGUCAAGGAAAAAGAUGCCUAGCGGACGGCGAAACCUAACUCUGGCCAGAUAUCUACUGAUUCGCGACACUACGGACGAGGAGUUAAUCCGGGCACUCGCUCACGUGGAGGCCGAUGCGCUCGACAACGUGUUAGAGAUAUUUAAUUUUCAAUAACUACCUAAACACUACCAAGCUUGUUCAAUAUGCAUUAUUUUAUAAUUCAUCAUCGUCUUAUAUUUAAAAUGAACAUUGAAAUUUCAA